AUGGAUUUGGUACCAGCCCCAAGCGGAGAGGACUCGUUGAAAACUCCCGUGGUCGAAGUGGAGGCAGUGGACAUGGACCAGUUGGCCAUGAGCGCGGAGGAGCGCGCGCUGGAAGACAUCCCGUCCACUUACGAAACGGACAGCGAUGACUCAGAGGACUGGGACACCCUUUCUAAUGCCGACGACGCCAUCCAAAUCCUCCGCGAUGAUCAGAUCCGCGACGGACUCGUUCCCGAUGCCUGUACCCUAGAGGAAGCGCUUGGAUAUCGAAAGCGCCUGCAUGCGAUCGGCAAGGCCGCGUUCGUGGAAGAGACCAUCGUUCGCGAAACCGUCACGGCCAAGAAGCUAUGCACGGCGUUUGGAAUCGUUCCCCCAGCAUUCCUGGAGGGCGCCCCAGAUGAGGCUUAUCAUUCUCUUUUGGCGAUCGCGAUCUCGCGCGAAUUCUCUCGGCGCCCCAAGCUGCCCCAGUACAACUCUAUCGACGAUGCUGUUCGGUUGCUUCGUGAAUCCAGGAAUAUCAUCGUUUUAACAGGCGCAGGUAUCUCGACGAGUCUCGGCAUCCCCGAUUUCCGUUCUAAAGAUACCGGUCUCUAUUCAAAACUGGAACAUCUGGGUCUAAGUGACCCCCAAGAAGUUUUUGAUAUUUCCGUUUUUCGGGAAGACCCUAAGAUCUUCUUUUCCAUUGCGAAGGACAUCCUUCCCACCGAGAAGAAGUGGUCACCUACUCAUGGCUUCAUUCGGCUUCUCCAAGACAAGGGGAAGCUGUUGACCAACUACACACAGAACAUCGACAACAUCGAAGCAAAUGCAGGUGUCCUUCCAGAGAAGAUUGUACAGUGUCAUGGAUCCUUUGCGACUGCAACCUGUGUGAAGUGUAAGUUCAAGGUCACUGGCGAUGAGAUUUUUGGUGAGAUCAAAGAAGGGAACGUUCCAGAGUGCACCGCCUGUAAGAAGGUAAUUGCAGAAGAUUCGCUCAAAUCUCAGGGACUGAAGCGCAAGCGGAGCUCCAAUGGUCAGCAGAAAGACCGCAAGGUCUCAGAUGACAGUUCUGAUGAGGACGACUAUGAGAUUCCCACUCCUGGAGUGAUGAAGCCGGAUAUCACUUUCUUCGGCGAGGAUCUCCCCGAUGAGUUUGGCGAACGGUUGAUUCACCAAGACCGGGAAAAGGCAGAUCUAGUCAUCGUGAUUGGAACCUCAUUAAAGGUCGCUCCCGUGGCAGAAGUGCCCGGGAUUCUGCCACGGAAUGUGCCACAGAUCUACAUAUCGCGGACUCCGGUUUCGCACACUGACUUCGAUAUUGAUCUCUUGGGUGAUUGCGAUGUGGUAGUAUCAGAACUUUCUCGUCGUGCUGGUUGGGAUUUGAAACAUCAUAUGAUCCCCGAUGACGAGAAAGUUGAUAUCACCACAGUGGAAGGAUAUGAAUCACGACAUGUUUUUAAAGUAGCUGGUGCAUAG